AUGGAGAACGGCAAGCAGCCAGUGAAGGAGGUGCUCCCCCUGCCUCGCCACCCUUCUCCAUUUCCUGUGACCUCUCCCUCUCUGACCCCUGCUGCCACUUCAAAGAAACACACCCCAGGCUCCAUCCAGCACGUACAGGUGGCCUCCUCAGUGGUGACAUCUUUCAACCAUCUGAAGCCUCCAGAGAGGGAUCUCACCCCGAUGUCUCAAAUGAAGUCUCUGAAAUCUCUGAGGCAGGCUGGCUUCACUGCGGUCUUCACUGGACAAAUGAAGCUUGACAGUGAGGAGUUGUUGGAGGAGGUACCAAUCGUCGAUGUGAUCCUGGCUGACGUCGACUCCCUGGUGCCCACACAUGAUGAAGCCGGCCGCCCAAUAGCAGAGUGGAAACGACAGGUGAUGGUGCGUCAGCUCCAGGUCAGGCUGCAGGAUGAGGAGGAACAGAGGAGACAGGACAUGCCUAAUGGCUACACUCAAGUGGAUGGCUGGGCAUACUCUCAAACCCACAAUGCAGUCUUGGGGCCCUUUGGUGAGCUUCUAACAGAGGAUGACCUGGUGUAUCUGCAGCAGCAGAUUGAGACAGUUUCACUGCAGAAGCGUUGCCAGGCUUAUGAGCUGGAGCUGACCAGGCUGACAGAGGAGCUGAGGUCGAUUUUACCUGAUCCAGUUGUAAACAUCUCUCUUAACAAAGAGGUCCUACAACAGAUGGACGCAGAGGGGAAAAUGAAACAGACUUUGCCAGUGUGGUGCUGUCGUGUCUCAGAGAUUGUCAAGAGCAUGUCACUGCUGGUGGCUAAUCUGACUCAAACCACAGGAGAGAGGGGUGAGAGGAGGGAAGUAGAAGGCAUGAUGGAGGAGAUGGGGGGUUUGCAGGGGGUAAGAGGUAAUUUAAAGAUUGUCUUAGAUGAGAGGAUGGUGCAACAUGGCCAAGAAACAGUGGCAACAAAUGGUGAGACAUCUAGUGGACGUAGGAUUCCUCAUAUAGGGAUGGCAUCAGCUUUUAGCCAUCGACUGGAGAAUAACAGCUACAGCAGAGCUCGGAGGGAAAGGGUGGAGAGGGAGAUCCAACAGUCUGGGGUGUCUGUAAGAGACCUCAGAUCUAACUUUGAAGGUCAGAUUGGUGGGAUUUAUCCCUUUGCUGGGGUUGUGAAAGGAGGUCAGGUAGUUUUUGGAAACUCAGCGGGAAACAACCAUAAUACCAAGAUAGGCCUCAGCUGUGUGGUGAGCCACUGUGAUCCUCCUAAAAAACUUGUUCCUGUGUUGGAGACUACCAGCUUAAGGAAAGAGCGUAUAGUCGUGCUUUUCUUGAGUCACUGGAAGAAAUCUGCAUAUGCUAUUUCAGUGAGAGCAGCAAAGCAGAGCCAGGGACAAGAAGCAGUGUCAAGGAGAGUGACAGUAGAAUCGCCCCCACAGAAAAUCACCUCCAUGUUUCAAUUCUGCCAACAACGCGGCGCUGUGGACAAGAUGCUAAACUCCUGGAGGAAUAAACUAGAACUCAAAAAAGUGCGAAUGUCCUGUUUGUCCUCUUCUAAGUUCUCACAAAAUCCACCAUCUCGAGAAACCUACUACCCAGAGCAAUUCCUGCCAGACGUGGAUGGUGUUCCAGUGAGCCACGAUAGCUUGACCCUCGACCUCUUCAUGCUGGGAUAUUUCCAUAUCCUAGAGCAGGAGUUGUCACCCGAGGAGAGGAAGAUGAGGCACCUCCUUUGCUUCGAAGUCUUCGACCAUGUUGGUAGUUUCCCCUGGGAGAUGGUGAAGGACUUCCACAAGGCUGUUCUUCAGGAGAUCCAGGCUGGGAAGCGACAGUGGAGCGACGGUUUCGAAGACAUCAAAGUUCGCUUCUUUGGGGAUUCGAGACCAUGCCACUGUCCGUCACCAUCACCAUCAUCACUGUUGUUGUCAGAUUCCAGACUUGUACCGAAAGUUAUUGUUCAAACUGCUACUCCAGAUGAGUGUUGUAGUGACACAGACUUCUCGUGUUUUAACAAUGAAGACAUUUGUAAAUACAUCGACCGCAGCUUUGCUUUCUGGAAAGAGAAGGAGUCAGAGCUGUUUGAUUUUGAACAUUAG